AUGGCCGACGAAACAAUUCAAGAGCACCAACUUACACCAGCCGAGCUUGUAUCCCAGCUGGACAAGCUCAAAGCAAACGCGACGCAACAAUACUCACUCAAGAAUUAUGACGCCGCCGCCGAGUUGUACAGUGAAGCAGCCGAAGUCCAGGACCAGAUCAAUGGCGAGAUGUCACUGGACAACGCCGAUCUGCUUUACCAAUACGGCCGCUGCUUGUACCACGUCGCCGUUAGUAGAAGUGACGUGCUUGGCGGCAAGGUAGCAAGCACCGAGGAGCCGAAACGCAAGAAGCGCAAGAUCGCAGAGAGCAGUGCUAGCAGGGCAGCGAAGGGUGAUGGCGAGCAGCAAUUAGCAGAAGACGUCGUGGAGGCUGUGGUGGAGGAGAAGGACGGUAUGAAGGACGAGGCAGACAUCGCCUCAAAGCCGUUCUUCCAAAUCACUGGGGACGAGAACUGGACUGACUCGGAAGAUGAAGAGGAACAGGCAGAUGCCGAGGCCGAGGAGGAAGAGGACGAUUUCGCGACUGCCUUCGAGAUUCUGGACACUGCUCGAGUGUUGCUUCGUAGAAGGCUUGAGGCAGCGCAACAGGCAGCUGGAAAAGUGAGCACAGAGCACCCCGAAGUCAGACAGUUACAGGAGCGGCUCGCGGACACGCAUGACCUGCAGGCCGAGAUCUCUCUAGAGAAUGAACGCUUCCAGGAUGCCAUCGGUGACACGCGAGAUUCACUUGCUCUCAAGCUACAGCUGUACCCGCAGGAGAGCAGCUUGAUCGCCGAAGCGCAUUUCAAGCUUUCGCUAGCGCUCGAGUUCUCGUCGGUGACGUCAACAGCAGACGAUGAGGAUGGCAGACAAGAGUCAAAGGUGGCUCAAGUCGAUGAGAAGAUGCGUACAGAAGCUGCGGACGAGAUGGAGAAGGCAAUCGCUUCCUGCAAACUCCGCAUCUCCAAAGAAGAGACUUUACUCGCGAGCUCAGAGGACACCAAAACAGAAGAGCGCAGACGAGGCGUAGCAGACGUCAAGGAAAUGGUGGCAGAUAUGGAGCAACGACUCGUGGAUCUUCGCAACCCAGCCGUGUCUCUGAGUGGCGCCGGAGGACCUGCAGGAGCACCAGACGGCGGCGAUCCACUCCGAGGCGUGCUAGGCGCUAUGCUGGGUGAGAGUAGACCCGAGCAGGAGAAGCGUAUUGCGGAUGCCACAGCCCAAGCGAAUGAUCUGUCGGGUCUUGUCAAGCACAAGAAAAAGCCGAGGGCUGAACUGGCAGUGAGUGAUGCCACGAAUGGUGCUACUGCCGACGGCAAAGGGAAGCGCAAGAGUGAGGAAGUUGUCGACGGUGAGGCAGCUGGGAGUAGUAAGAGAGCUCGCGUCGAAGAUGCUUGA